AUGUCCACCGAAAUAGCCACCCCUGGGACAAUCCCAAACGGACCUCAUGACCCCGAAAAGCCGGCCACUGAAAUCACCAAUGGGUUGAAUGAACUCAAAUUGAAUGAUCAGACUACACCCGUCACGACAACCAACCCAGCCUCUGCGCCCAAACUUCCUCGAUCGUCUGCCGAUGGUCUCAUCAAGACUCCCCUGGCCGAGCCCCUCGAAUCUUCACAGCCUGUCCCAAGACCAGCCCUGACCUCGGAGCAAGAGACCAAAUAUGCCACUCUACUCAAGAAUGUACAAGCAUGGACCGAGAUUGCGGAAGCCUCCACCAAAGACGCAAAGUCGACUCCCAUAACCGACUCGGAGCGCAUGUUCCUCACGAGAGAAUGUCUACUUCGAUACUGCCGGGCUACCAAUUGGGAUAUUGCACAAUCAGAAACAAGACUGAGAAAUACCUUGGUAUGGCGACGAGAAUACGGGGUGGAAACCCGCACCAAAGACUUUGUGUCCAUUGAGAAUGCGACAGGAAAACAAGUCAUUUUGGGAUGGGACAACCAUGGACGCACCUGUCAAUAUCUCCGACCCUCCAAGCAGAACACCGAACGCAGUGAUCGACAGAUUCAACAUCUCGUGUUUAUGCUUGAACGCGCCAUUGAUUUGAUGCCACCAGGUCAAGAAACCCUGGCACUACUCAUCAACUUUGCAGAGACCAAGUCAGGUCAAGGAGCCACGUUGGCACAAGGUAGACAGACCUUGAACAUUCUGCAGAACCAUUACCCCGAGCGACUAGGGCGUGCCCUGGUCAGCAACGUCCCCUUCUACAUCUGGGGAUUCUUCAAGUUGAUCACCCCGUUUAUUGAUCCUUUGACACGCGAGAAGAUCAAGUUCAACGAGGAUGUGGGGCUUCAUGUUCCUCGCGAACAAUUGUUGAAGGAGAGUGGUGGUCACGUCGAGUUUGAGUAUGACCAUGAUUCCUACUGGCCUGCUCUGAAUGCAUUGUGUGAAUUCAAGCGGGCGGAACAAUUGGCGAGAUGGGAGAAAGGCGGUAAGAAGAUUGGAGAGUAUGAGGGUUAUCUCAAGGGUGCGGAGGAGAAGAGUCUCAGUGAGAGAGAACAGGAGGUCGAAGUCAAGGUCGAGAACUGA